GCUUCCGCGCGCAAGCGCACUUUGAAUCGCGUGGUGACUUCGGGCUUGAGGGUGAAUUAAGAAUAGUCAGGUGGUGAGUGAACGUCUCUCUGGGUGGCGGAAUUCAAAACGGACCUAGAGGAUGUUGAUCUCCAAGAACAUGCCCUGGCGGCGGCUGCAGGGCAUUUCCUUCGGGAUGUAUUCGGCUGAAGAGCUCAAGAAAUUAAGUGUUAAAUCCAUUACGAACCCUCGGUACCUGGACAGCCUGGGGAACCCAUCGGCAAACGGCCUGUACGAUUUAGCUUUGGGCCCUGCAGAUUCCAAAGAGGUGUGCUCCACCUGCGUGCAGGACUUCAGCAACUGUUCUGGGCACCUGGGCCACAUUGAGCUCCCACUCACGGUGUAUAAUCCUCUCCUCUUCGAUAAGCUGUACCUGCUGCUUCGGGGCUCUUGUUUAAACUGCCACAUGCUGACUUGUCCCCGGGCCGUGAUUCACCUCUUACUCUGCCAGCUGAGGGUUCUGGAAGUCGGGGCCCUACAAGCAGUCUACGAGCUUGAGAGAAUUCUGAACAGGUUUCUGGAAGAAAAUGCCGAUCCCUCUGCCUGUGAAAUUCAGGAGGAAUUAGAACAAUACACAACUGAAAUUGUGCAGAACAAUCUCCUGGGGUCCCAGGGCGCACAUGUAAAGAACGUGUGUGAGAGCAAGAGCAAGCUCAUUGCUCUCUUCUGGAAGGCACAUAUGAAUGCUAAGCGCUGUCCCCACUGCAAGACCGGGCGAUCCGUUGUCCGAAAGGAACACAACAGCAAGUUGACUAUCACGUUUCCAGCCAUGGUGCACAGGACAGCUGGCCAGAAGGACUCGGAACCCCUGGGAAUUGAGGAAGCUCAGACGGGAAAACGAGGAUACUUAACACCCACCAGUGCCCGCGAACACCUUUCUGCCCUGUGGAAGAAUGAAGGAUUCUUUCUGAAUUACCUUUUUUCGGGAAUGGAUGAUGAUGAUAUGGAGUCCAGAUUCAAUCCCAGUGUGUUCUUUCUAGAUUUCUUGGUGGUGCCGCCCUCAAGGUAUCGCCCAGUCAGUCGCCUAGGAGACCAGAUGUUUACCAAUGGCCAGACGGUGAACUUGCAGGCUGUCAUGAAGGAUGUAGUUCUGAUUCAAAAACUUCUGGCAUUGAUGGCCCAAGAACAGAAGCUGCCAGAGGAAGUGGCCGCACCCACUACAGAUGAGGAAAAAGACUCUUUGAUUGCUAUUGAUCGAUCCUUUUUGAGUAUACUUCCAGGCCAGUCCCUCAUAGACAAACUUUACAACAUUUGGAUUCGCCUUCAGAGCCACGUCAAUAUUGUGUUUGAUAGCGAGAUGGACAAACUAAUGAUGGACAAGUACCCAGGCAUUAGGCAGAUCCUGGAGAAGAAAGAAGGCCUGUUCCGAAAACACAUGAUGGGAAAGCGAGUGGACUACGCUGCGCGCUCAGUCAUCUGCCCAGACAUGUACAUCAACACCAACGAAAUUGGAAUUCCCAUGGUGUUUGCCACAAAACUGACCUACCCACAGCCAGUUACCCCGUGGAAUGUUCAGGAACUUAGGCAAGCAGUCAUCAACGGCCCCAAUGUGCACCCAGGAGCCUCCGUGGUCAUCAAUGAGGACGGCAGCCGCACAGCCCUGAGCGCUGUGGACAUGACCCAGCGAGAGGCCGUGGCCAAGCAGCUCCUGACCCCAGCCACGGGGGCACCUAAGCCCCAGGGGACAAAAAUUGUGUGCCGGCAUGUGAAGAAUGGGGACAUUCUGCUACUGAACCGACAGCCCACCCUGCACAGACCCUCCAUCCAGGCCCACCGUGCCCGCAUCCUGCCUGAAGAGAAGGUGCUGCGGCUCCACUAUGCCAACUGCAAGGCCUAUAAUGCCGACUUUGAUGGAGACGAGAUGAAUGCCCAUUUCCCCCAGAGUGAGCUGGGCCGGGCCGAGGCCUACGUCCUGGCCUGCACCGAUCAGCAGUACCUUGUUCCCAAGGAUGGCCAACCAUUGGCGGGACUGAUCCAGGAUCACAUGGUUUCAGGGGCAAGCAUGACUACUCGGGGUUGCUUUUUCACCCGGGAGCAGUAUAUGGAGCUGGUGUACCGAGGACUCACGGACAAAGUGGGGCGCGUGAAGCUCCUUUCUCCUUCCAUCCUGAAGCCCUUUCCGCUGUGGACAGGAAAACAGGUUGUGUCAACGCUGCUCAUAAAUAUAAUCCCAGAGGACCACGUCCCACUGAAUUUAUCUGGAAAGGCAAAAAUCACCGGGAAAGCCUGGGUGAAGGAAACUCCUCGAUCCAUUCCUGGCUUUAACCCUGACUCAAUGUGCGAGUCCCAGGUGAUCAUCAGGGAAGGGGAGCUGCUCUGCGGAGUGCUGGACAAGGCGCACUACGGGAGCUCUGCCUACGGCCUGGUCCACUGCUGCUAUGAGAUCUAUGGAGGCGAGACCAGCGGCAAGGUUCUAACCUGCUUGGCCCGCCUGUUCACUGCCUACCUGCAGCUCUACAGAGGCUUCACAUUGGGCGUGGAAGACAUUUUGGUGAAGCCAAAGGCAGAUGUCAAGAGGCAACGUAUCAUUGAAGAAUCCACCCACUGCGGGCCCCGGGCUGUCAGGGCUGCAUUAAACCUGCCAGAAGCCGCAUCAUAUGAUGAGGUCCGAGGAAAAUGGCAGGAUGCCCAUCUGGGCAAGGACCAGAGGGAUUUUAACAUGAUUGAUCUGAAGUUCAAGGAGGAAGUGAACCAUUACAGCAAUGAGAUUAACAAGGCAUGCAUGCCUUUUGGCCUACACAGACAGUUCCCAGAGAACAGCCUGCAGAUGAUGGUGCAGUCAGGAGCCAAAGGUUCAACUGUGAACACGAUGCAGAUCUCGUGCCUGCUGGGCCAGAUUGAAUUGGAAGGUCGGAGACCCCCGCUGAUGGCGUCUGGCAAGUCACUGCCCUGCUUUGAGCCUUAUGAGUUCACCCCCAGGGCUGGUGGCUUUGUCACUGGCAGAUUCCUCACCGGCAUCAAACCUCCUGAGUUCUUCUUCCACUGCAUGGCAGGACGAGAGGGCCUGGUCGACACUGCUGUGAAAACCAGCCGCUCAGGCUAUCUCCAAAGGUGCAUCAUCAAGCACCUGGAGGGACUGGUCGUGCAGUAUGAUCUCACGGUCCGUGACAGUGACGGCAGUGUGGUGCAGUUCCUGUAUGGGGAGGAUGGCCUGGACAUCCCCAAGACACAAUUCCUGCAGCCCAAGCAGUUCCCCUUCCUGGCCAGCAACUACGAGGUGAUAAUGAAAUCACAGCAUCUCCAUGAAGUUUUAUCCAGAGCAGAUCCCAAAAAAGCUCUCCGCCACUUCAGAGCUAUCAAAAAAUGGCAAAGCAAGCACCCCAACACCCUGCUGAGAAGAGGUGCCUUCUUGAGUUAUUCCCAGAAAAUUCAGGAAGCUGUGAAAGCCCUGAAUCUUGAGAGUGAAAACCGCAAUGGCCGCAGCCCCGGGACUCAGGAGAUGCUGAGGAUGUGGUAUGAGUUGGAUGAGGAGAGCCGAAGGAAAUACCAGAAGAAGGCAGCCGCUUGUCCUGACCCCAGUCUGUCUGUCUGGCGUCCUGACAUCUACUUUGCAUCAGUGUCAGAAACAUUUGAAACAAAGGUUGAUGACUACAGUCAAGAGUGGGCAGCUCAAACAGAGAAGAGUUAUGAGAAAUCAGAGCUUUCUCUCGACAGGUUGAGGACCUUGCUGCAGCUGAAGUGGCAGCGCUCACUGUGCGAGCCGGGCGAGGCCGUGGGCCUGCUGGCCGCCCAGAGCAUCGGAGAGCCCUCCACCCAGAUGACCCUCAACACCUUCCACUUUGCAGGCAGAGGCGAGAUGAACGUCACCCUGGGCAUUCCAAGGUUGCGGGAGAUUCUCAUGGUGGCCAGUGCCAACAUCAAGACGCCCAUGAUGAGCGUGCCUGUGCUCAACACCAAGAAAGCCCUGAAGAGAGUGAAAAGCCUCAAGAAGCAGCUCACCAGGGUGUGCUUAGGGGAGGUGUUGCAGAAAAUUGACGUCCAGGAGUCCUUCUGUAUGGAAGAAAAACAGAACAAAUUCCGGGUGUACCAGCUGCGGUUUCAGUUCCUGCCACAUGCAUAUUACCAGCAGGAGAAGUGCCUGAGACCCGAGGACAUCCUGCGCUUCAUGGAAACAAGAUUCUUUAAACUUCUGAUGGAAUCCAUCAAAAAGAAGAAUAAUAAAGCAUCAGCCUUCAGGAGCGUAAAUACUCGAAGAGCUACUCAGCGGGAUCUGGACAACGCUGGGGAGUCGAGGAGGAGUCGGGGAGAGCAGGAGGGUGAUGAGGAAGAGGAGGGGCACAUUGUGGAUGCUGAAGCUGAGGAGGGGGACGCCGAUGCCUCUGAUGCCAAACGCAAGGAGAAGCAGGAGGAGGAGGUUGAUUAUGAGAGUGAGGAAGAGGAGGAGAGGGAGGGCGAGGAGAACGACGAUGAAGACAUGCAGGAGGAACGAAAUCCCCACAGGGAAGGUGCUCGAAAGACCCAAGAGCAAGAUGAAGAGGUGGGCUCAGGCGCUGAGGAGGACCCGUCCCUUCCCGCCCUCCUGACGCAGCCCCGGAAACCCACCCACAGCCAGGAGCCCCAGGGGCCCGAGGCCAUGGAGCGCCGGGUCCAGGCUGUGCGUGAGAUCCACUCGUUCAUAGAUGACUACCAGUAUGACACGGAGGAGAGCCUGUGGUGCCAGGUGACAGUGAAGCUCCCUCUGAUGAAGAUCAACUUUGACAUGAGCUCCCUGGUAGUAUCUUUGGCCCAUGGCGCCGUCAUCUAUGCGACCAAGGGCAUCACUCGGUGCCUCCUGAAUGAAACAACCAACAAUAAGAACGAGAAGGAGCUUGUGCUAAACACAGAAGGAAUCAACCUCCCAGAGCUGUUCAAGUAUGCAGAGGUCCUGGAUCUGCGCCGCCUCUACUCCAACGACAUCCACGCCAUGGCCAACACGUACGGCAUCGAGGCCGCGCUGCGGGUGAUCGAGAAGGAGAUCAAGGAUGUGUUUGCCGUGUAUGGCAUCGCGGUCGACCCUCGCCAUCUCUCCCUGGUUGCUGAUUAUAUGUGCUUUGAGGGUGUCUACAAGCCACUGAAUCGCUUUGGGAUCCGGUCAAACUCUUCCCCGCUACAGCAGAUGACGUUUGAAACCAGCUUCCAGUUUCUGAAGCAAGCCACCCUGCUGGGAUCCCACGAUGAGCUGAGGUCUCCUUCUGCCUGUCUUGUGGUUGGGAAGGUUGUCAAGGGUGGGACAGGCCUGUUCGAGCUCAAGCAGCCCCUGAGAUAGCGGCUACCCCGGCACCAUCUGCCCAGCUCCAAGGACCUUCGGUGAAGGCGUGGCCCAGCCUGCCUUCUGCAUGAGAGGACCAGGAGACUGGAAUCCAGGGCAGUUCCAAGUGACAGUACAGUGCACAGCAGCGACCUUGGGCCUGAAAGCAGUGGGCCUCUGAGCUGGGCCAGCUUCACCUGGAAAGUGACAGAGUUGCUCAUCCUUGCCCCUCCCUGUCUCUGGAUUUUUAUCAAGGUUUGCCAAGUCUUCUGAGUCCCCCUGAGAAGGCUGGGGCCUCACCUGUGCUGCAGGAGGCCUCUGUGGCAUAACCCUUAAGGAGAAGUCCUGAUUCACUGAGAAGACCAAGGGGAAGCCAUGCUUUGCUACUGGGGACCCCAGGCACCUCCAGAGUAGGGAAGCAGGGUUCUUUUGCUGUGAGUGGCCAGGGACAACAGACAAGAUUCCUGGGGGCUCCCGAUGAGCAGGAACAUGGAGCCUGCUGCCCAAGGCCUGCUUCUUCCGGCUGCUCCAGCCCCUGGGGGCAGAGUCCACAAAGAGUCCCCAUCAAGACUUCUUCCCUAAGUCAAGUACAGGGUAGCACAGUCCUCCACCCACCCAACCUCUCUGCCUGGCCAGGGUCCUAGCCCUGCCACUGUGUGGCGAGGUGUCCUUCUAGAUCACAUCAGCCCCAAGGCUGGGGGCAGUCGCUCUAGGGCCGCAGCAGUUCACUCCCACACAUAGAACCCAGGUCACUGCUGGGGCGAUUGAACAGGUUGCCUGGCUUUUCUCUGCUGUCAGUUUGGUGCGGAGGCCCGUGUUCCGCCCCAUACGCCCCAUAGGCCCUGCUUAUGGGAAGGAACACAGGCCUCCAGCCCAGAGGAUUGUGCCGCCCUGUUCUUGGUCGUCCACAUUUCCUCUCCCUCUAGCACCAGCAACACAUUUCCCUGGCAUGGACAGAAAAGACAGAGAGGACUUGUACAAAGGCUUUUGUAUAACCAGAGGCCGCUUCUAUCUUUGUCUACUGUUAUUUCAGCUCAGGGUGGGUAAUAAACAUCACUGGAACUAGCUGUUAGGAAAGAAAAAAAACUUGGGUUUUUUAAAACAAUUUUUUCCCUUGGUUUGCAGUUUCUGCAUUUGGAUUUGAGAACCCAGGGCAGGGAUUUUCUUGGCACAGUCAGGUCUUGGGUCCCUCUUCCUGUUCUUUCUUGUCUGAGGCCUUAGGGGGAAGAGCUCAGCCUCCGCAGCCUCCUCCACCUCUGCCCCUGGCCUACCUCUGCAGGGACCCCCUUCCAGAGCUAGCUGCUGGCCCUGUGGCCGGGAGAAGCACAGGGGAGAAACCUUUUUGCAGAAGCUGUGCUAGCCUUGGUCUGGGGUGGGGAGGCUGCUGCUGUGACCUUAGGGGUAGGGUUGGGGAUCAAGGGAGGCUUUGUCAAGGGAGAGUGACCAUGUUGCUCCCUACAGACAUGCAAUAGGACCCAGCCUGCACUUCCUAGGCCUACACUGGGGAAAGCCUGACGGAAAUCAGUACCUCCUAACGGGGUCUGCCAGGUUCACCAAGGCAUGGGCAUAGAGGAAUAUGACAGUUUUGAGGCAGGCAGGAAGGGCCCAGCCUGCAGGGUAAGACAUUCAUUCUUUGAGUUAAAGGGCAUAUUCACUUGAUGAUUUCUACACACACUGGAAUUGUGAGAGUGUCCUUAAAGGAGAUCACAGAGUAACCUGUUGACUGACACAUGGUGAAUGGAUGACUGUUGAUUCCAUGGGUUCCAUCUCUCCCAGGCACUGAGGGCGCAGAGGCAAAGGAGCAAGCCCUGCAUAUUGGCAGGGCUGUGACCAUCACACUUAGAUCAGACCCCCGACCUGUUUUGGGAUGUGAGGGAUGCCCUUCUGCCCCACCCAUCCACAUGGUUCCUGGGCAGCUCUGUUUCUUUCCUGAUGGAUGAGUAUUAAGACAGCAUGUCUGGUUUUUAAACACAUUUGGGAGCCUGCACAUCCUGAUGAUCAAGGACUCUCACUGUGGUGGCCUUAGGGAAUUGCACUCUCACUUUGGUGGUUCUCUAUGCUCGGAAGCCUCUGAGAGUGGCCUUGGCAGUUUAACAUGGCACAGGCUUUGGAGUCUUCUUAGGACUGUAAGUGCCCAUUGAGGAUGCAUUUGAGUUUUGGAAAGUAGGCCCAAGUCAAAUCUGAUGGAUGGAUUCAAGAACA